AGCCCCCGCCCUGCCCCCGCAGCCGGAUGUUGUGAUUUCUCUCCACCCACACGGCCUCGCCCGCCCUCGGCUCUGCUGCCUUAUAAGGCAGCGCUCCCACCGGAGACGUUGGGGUGAACUCGCACCCAUUCUACAGGUGGAGGGCAGCAGUGUCAGAAGUCCAGCGGCUGGCUAGAGGCCAGAAGCUUGGAAGAAAACAAAGCCAACAUCGUACUCCCUCCACUCCCACUUCACACGACAGAAAACGGAGGCUUGCCCAAACUCCGCGAGCAAGAGACUCAGGGACCUUUGACCAAUCUAUUGAUCUGGACUCCUGGGCAAGCAGCUGGACUAACCGACAGACACCAUGAGGGCUCUGCUGUUCCUGGGGUCCCUGCUGGCAAGCCUGGAGUCAGCACUUUUGAUUCCACCUUGGAAAGCCCCCAAGGAGCAUAAGCACAGAAUGGAUGAACACACAGUGGUUCUCACGGUCACAGGAGAGCCCUGCUACUUCCCCUUCCGGUACAACCGGCAACUGCACCAUAAAUGCAUCCACAGAGGCCGGCCUGGCCCCCGGCCCUGGUGUGCCACCACCCCCAACUUUGAGCAGGACCAGCAAUGGGCAUACUGCCUGGAGCCCAGGAAAGUGAAAGACCACUGCAGCAAACACAGCCCCUGCCAGCAGGGAGGGACCUGUGUGAGCACGCCACACGGCCCGCACUGCAUCUGUCCAGAACACUUCACUGGGAAGCACUGCCGGAGAGAGAAGUGCUUUGAGCCUCAGCUUCUCCAGUUCUUCCACGAGAAAGAAAUAUGGCAUAGGCUUGAGCCGGCAGGUGUGGCCAAGUGCCAGUGCAAGGGUCCUGAUGCCCACUGCAAGCUGCUGGCCACCCAGGCCUGCCGCACCAACCCGUGCCUCAACGGGGGCAGCUGCUUAGAGGCGGAGGGCCACCUCCUGUGCCGGUGCCCAGCUGGCUACGCUGGACGCAUCUGCGACGUCGACACCGAGGCGCGCUGCUACGCCGGCCGCGGGCUUCACUACCGCGGUAGAGCCGAGACUGCGCUCUCGGGUGCCCGGUGUCAACCGUGGGCCUCAGAGGCCACCUAUGAGAAAGUGACUGCAGAGCAAGCGCUUAACUGGGGACUGGGCAACCAUGCCUUCUGCCGGAACCCGGACAAUGACACCCGCCCGUGGUGCUUCGUGUGGAGUGGCGAUCGGCUGAGCUGGGAAUAUUGCCGCCUGGCACAGUGCCAGGCCCCAACCCUGGCGGUUCCUCAGAGCCUGUCUCCAACCCGGGUCCCCUCUGGGCACCUGGACCUUCCCUUGCCCUCGCUUUCAGCACUGCAGAUGCCUCAGCCCCUGACCCCAGUGCCCAGUUCGGGCUGCGGACAGCGGCUCCGGAAACGGCUGUCCUCGCCGAGCCGCGUUGUCGGGGGACUGGUGGCCCUGCCCGGGGCGCACCCCUACAUCGCCGCGCUGUACUGGCGCCACAGUUUCUGCGCCGGCAGCCUCAUCGCCUCCUGCUGGGUGCUGACGGCGGCUCACUGCUUGCAGGACCGGCCCGCGCCGGAGGAACUGACGGUGGUGCUCGGCCAGGACCGCCAUAACCAGAGCUGUGAGCAGUGCCAGACGCUGGCCGUGCGCGCGUACCUCCUGCACGAGGCCUUCUCGCCCAUCACCUACCAGCACGACCUGGCGCUGCUGCGCCUGCAGGAGAGAGCGGACGGCCAGUGCGCGCUCCCGUCGCAUUUCGUUCAGCCGGUGUGCCUGCCGAGCGGAGCUACCAGCCCAACCGAGCCCGAGGCCGCGCUCUGCGAGGUGGCCGGCUGGGGCCACCAGUUCGAGGGGGCGGGGGAAUAUUCCAGCUUCCUGCAGGAAGCGCAGGUGCCGCUCAUCCCUUCCAAGCGCUGCUCCGCCCCCGACGUGCACGGAGCCUCUUUUACCCCCGGCAUGCUCUGCGCUGGCUUCCUCGAGGGCGGCACCGACGCCUGCCAGGGUGACUCCGGGGGCCCGCUAGUGUGUGAGGACGAGGCCUCAGAGAGCCAGCUCAUCCUGCGAGGUAUCAUCAGCUGGGGUUCGGGUUGUGGCGACCGCUACAAGCCAGGUGUGUACACCGACGUGGCCAGCUACCUGAACUGGAUUCAGGAGCACACCAAUUCCUGACCGUCCAGGGACUCAUCCUUCCCUCGUGGGCGAUUCUGGAGUGGAAGGGUGGCUGGCCCAUGAUUAUGGAUGGCAAGGAUGGUGUUCCAUUCCUCUUAGCACCAUCAGCCCGGCGCCAGGCAUGGAGUAGGCACUCAAUAAAGUGCUUUUGAAAAUGCUUGAGAGGCACAGCUCUGCAGGGGCCCCGAUGGGAAAUGCCAAGACAGUAAACCGGUGCACUUCUCCACACCCCUCAGGGAACAGGAUCUAUUGAAAUCUUAAGCAAGAUCUAGAGAUUCAUGUCCAAUUGAUGUUUACUAAGUGGUACUGGGUACCAAACCCUGAGCAAGGUGAUUCCAUAUAUUAUUCCUUGUUUGAAACUAACUUAUUAACAUUUGAAGUUUAUAGAACAGAGGUUCUCACCUCUACUGUACAC